CUAAAGUGUGUAUGCCAGUUGUGUGAGCAUACAAACUUCACCUGCCAAACUGAAGGAGCGUGCUGGACUUCAGUCAUGCUGACUAAUGGCAAAGAAGAAGUGAUAAAGUCGUGUGUAUCUCUUCCAGAAUUGAAUGCUCAAGUGUUCUGCCAUAGUUCUAAAAAUGUAACCAAAACAGAGUGCUGCUACACUGACUUUUGCAACAACAUAACACUCCAUCUGCCAGCAGCUUCAGAAUCCUCAAGCAGACCAAACCUAGGACCUCUGAUGCUGGCCAUGAUAGUUGCUAUCCCAGUUUGUAUCUUGUCUCUAGCUGUAAUGCUGACUAUAUGUAUACGUCAAGGUCGCUACUGUGCAUACAGAAAGAAAAAGCGACAAAAUAUUGAAGAGCCCCUAUCUGAAUGUAACCUUGUAAACUCUGGAAAAACUCUUAAAGAUCUUAUUUAUGAUAUGACAACAUCUGGGUCUGGAUCUGGUUUACCUCUGCUAGUGCAAAGAACAAUUGCAAGGACUAUUGUUCUUCAGGAAAUAGUAGGAAAAGGUCGAUUUGGUGAAGUCUGGCGUGGAAAAUGGUGCGGGGAAGAUGUUGCUGUAAAAAUCUUCUCUUCAAGGGAUGAAAGGUCUUGGUUUCGUGAGGCGGAAAUCUAUCAAACAAUUAUGCUGAGACACGAAAAUAUCCUGGGUUUUAUUGCUGCUGAUAACAAGGAUAAUGGAACUUGGACUCAGCUUUGGCUUGUGUCUGAAUAUCAUGACCAAGGCUCCUUGUUUGAUUAUUUAAACAGAAAUACUGUGACAAUAGAUGGGAUGAUUAAACUGGCACUUUCAAUAGCCAGUGGCCUAGCACAUCUUCACAUGGAAAUAGUUGGUACACAAGGCAAACCAGCUAUUGCACACAGAGAUAUGAAAUCCAAAAACAUCCUGGUGAAAAAAAAUGAAACCUGUGCCAUUGGAGACUUGGGGCUGGCUGUUAAGCAUGAUUCUGUAUUGAACACAAUUGACAUACCUCUGAAUCCUAGAGUGGGAACAAAGAGGUACAUGGCUCCUGAAAUACUUGAUGAUGUAAUGAACAUAAAUAUCUUUGAAUCUUUCAAGCAUGCAGACAUAUACUCUCUUGGUCUGGUGUACUGGGAGAUAUCACGAAGAUGCUCAAUUGGAGGACUUGUUGAGGAGUACCAGUUGCCUUUUUAUGAUGUUGUGCCUUCUGAUCCUUCAGUAGAAGACAUGAGAAGGGCAGUUUGUGAACAAAAACUUAGGCCAAAUAUUCCAAACCAGUGGCAAAGUUGUGAGGCACUCAGAGUCAUGGGCAGAAUAAUGCGUGAGUGCUGGUACGCUAAUGGAGCAGCCCGUCUCACUGCACUUCGCAUUAAGAAGACUAUUUCACAGCUCUGUGUACAGGAAGAUUGCAAAGCCUAAACAAGUGAUUGGAAGAAAAGAAGGGUAGAUAGAAGGAAUCAUUGUGUUCAUCUUUGUGUGUGUGUGUGUGUGUGUGUGUGCGUGUGGUGUGUUGUGUGUGUCUGUGUUUUCUUUUACCUACCUCACAUAUAUACGGUAUGGUAUUUAAGUGCCCGAACCACAGCACUGAAAAAUAGCUUUAUAGUUGACCUCAGGCAAAUGCAGCUUCUAGUUGAUGUUUGUUUGUUUUUUUAAUACAGCAAGUCACUGACUCACCUUGGUUUUCUUAAGGAAAGUAGUUAAUAGAAAAAUAGCAGAACUGAUCUAAGAAAUAAUAUUAGAACUUAAAAUACAUUUCACUGUUCCUAAGACUUUUCUUCUUUUUAGAAUCAAAAUACAUUGUAGGUGAGUUGCUGCAUGGCUUUAAGAAAUGGAUUGGGGGAAAAUCCCAUGAAUUUUUUUUGUCAAACCAAAAAAAAGUAGCAGAACAAAUAUAUUGAGCAUCUUAGGUAUUUUACUUAGCGUUGUGGAGAAUAGCUGUCAGUGAAGUGCAUUUAUAUGUUUUUAGACUAUAAUGAUCACUUACUAACCAAACAAAGAGAAAUAUUCCAUUGAACUUGUGUACUGUGAAAGCAAAGUAAAUGCAUUGUUGUUUUUUAAGUAUUUUUUUUAAUUACAGCUUUAUCUGAAAAAAUGUAGGUAACGUUGGUAGUAUUUUUGUUAUGUACCCUUAUGAGCUGAUUGUUCCAAAAUGCCAGGCUAGGACCAAAUUUUCUAUUUUGUACUAGUGAGGAAAUAUAAUGUGGGGAGUAUUUUGUUAGCCUUUGUGGCUAAAAUUUUGAUAGGACCUCUUCUGUAUUAUCUGAAAAGAAUGUAUUUUUAACUGACAUUUUGCAAAGUAUUAGUUGAUCUAGAGAGUGCCUUUUGUUGGGGACUAGGAUGAGCUAACAAAGUUAAUUUCUGAAAAAACUCAGCAUCCUGGAUGAAAUUUUUACAUGCACAGACCCAUACUUAACAACUUGCACUCUACGGAGGCCAGCAUAGAUGGCUAUUCUUAAGGUGGGCCUGGGUGGUUUCCACAGUUUGGAAUUGUGUAGAGGGAGUGUCUUCAGCACCCGGAGUGAGUGGUACGGGCACUCCUCAUGAUCUAAACCUGAAUGACAGUAGUACAGUCCCUGUGAUCUGACCCAGCUUUAGCCUUUAGAGAACUUAUUCCCUCACCCAGAGCUUGAGUUCCCACACUAACCCAUUUUCUUAUGUGUAUAAAUAUAUUUUUAAGUACAGCCCAGUAGUAUAUAAAUGGGUGGGUGAGUGAGGCACAAGCCCUGCGUGCUGUCUAAGGGAGAGGUGCCAGAAUAGGAUUAGGGGGUGUCUUACUUUCCUGUCCCCCAUCCUGUCCCUUAUACCCUGUCUCUUCUCUGCAUUGGUCCAGUUCUGGCUCU